GUUAUAAAAUUCCCGCGUGCACUCAUCGGAAGAGAAGUAUAAGUUCUACAAGCAAGGCAAUUUGCAGCACUCAGAUUUCAGAACUCCCCCUAUGCUCAUAGAGAAACAUCAGCCUGGUGGUCUAGGCUCCAUUUCUGAAUUCUCAAGAGUGCUUAAGAUUCCAGAGGGGCAACAAUGUCGAAGGUCACAAUGGAUGGUCGUUACAUAAGUUGCAGCCAGUGCCAAAAACAGAUGAGGCCAAUAUGGGCCUUAAAGGAAAUGCGAUGCCCUUCUUGUCUGAAUCUCAUCGAACUCACUAGGUACGAUGUCAGGCCACCAACAAGCGCGGUUGCCAAAUGUAUCCUCAAGGAGAAGUUUCAAAGUAAGCUUAAAUGCAGGAAUUCAAGCAGCUCCAGCUCCAAUGGGACUUCCUCGAAUUGCUACUCAGUUCCUGGAAGUGGAAUGACAUCGGUGACUAGACCGCAUGCAGGGAAGCGUGCCGUUCUCUGUGGGGUGAGCUACAAGAAGAGGAAGUACGAGCUGAAGAGAACUGUUAAUGAUGUGAGGCACAUGAAGGAACUGUUGAUUCGUACCUUUGGAUUUCUGGAGGAGAACAUCCUAGUCCUCACAGAAGAGGAGAAGGAUGAGCGUCGAAGACCGACAAGAAAGAACAUUCUGGACGCGUUUCAAUGGCUUCUCAGGGACUGCAGGUCAGGGUACUCCUUGGUUUUCUUCUUCUCAGGGCACAAUUUACAGCAUCCCGAAAGUGAUGGCGAUGAAUUGGAUGGAUUUGAUGAAAGCAUCUGUCCAGUUGAUUUUACCAUAGAAGGCGUCAUCCUCGAUAAUGAAAUAAAUUCUGCAAUUGUUCGUCCGCUGCCGAAAGGGGUAACCCUUCACGCGCUAGUUGUUUCUUGUCAUAGUGGGAAUGUUCUGGAACUGCCAUAUGCAUACGACAUAAAAAAAGGGCAGUGGGUGGAUAAUAGGCCUCCUUCGGGUGCAUAUAAGGGAACAAACGGCGGACUUGCCAUAUGUCUAAGUGCUUGUGCGGAUGAGAAACUGGCUGCCGAUACUUCUGCUCUCUAUGGGAAGGCGAUGUCUGGUGCCGUGACCUCGAGCUUCAUCCGAGCUAUUCGGGAAAAACCUGGGAUUACAUAUAAACAACUACUGAGAGCGAUGCAAGAUGUCAUCGAUGAAGCUAACAAAUCUAAUUGCUUAGACAACCCUAUCCUAUCAAGGUCGUUUCUUGCCAAAAUGUCACAGGAACCUGUGCUGUCAUGUUCUGAGAUGAUGGGCAUUGAAAAUAUGAGGUUCGAGCUAUAA